UUGUUUCCCAAUCGUUGUUGGUCACAUGAGUAAGAAAGAAAGUCAUGCGCCAUUUUGGUUAUAGAAGCUCCCCAGUGAAAUGAUUGAUGCAACUCACAGUGCAAUCAUGAAGAGGGCUGACAUUGAAGAAGUUCCGUACUCAGAUUCGGAUUACAUAUCUACACACGUUCAGCUCAGCGAUGUGUCCGGUGCAUCAAAAGCCAAGUUCCUACCAGCGUUUUUUGCAACUCUUGUUGUUGCGCUUGGACCAUUUAAUUUUGGGUUUGCUCUUGGAUACUCUGCCCCUGUCGAACCCAAAAUGGCUGAAACUUCAAGCAAGGUGUAUCUAGAUAAGGGUGACUUUUCAUGGUUUGCGUCUUUGCUUGGUGUAGGGGCAAUUGCUGGUGCCUUCUUUGGAGGUUGGAUGAUAGAUUACUUUGGCAGAAAAACUGCAUUGAUGUUGUAUUCUGUACCGUUUGCAGCAGGCUGGCUGCUUAUAAGCAAUGCAACUAAUGUUCCAAUGGUUUUUGCUGGUAGGCUCCUAACCGGGGUAGCAGUAGGAGCUACUUCUCUGACUGUUCCGGUGUACAUUGCAGAAAUUUCCCCUCCAGUUUUCCGGGGUGGUCUUGGGUCAGUAAAUCAGUUGGCAGUAACUUUGGGUGUCUUGAUUGCCUACAUAACAGGGACAAAUUUGAGCUGGGAGAAUACUGCUCUGUUAGCAGUUGGACCAGUAACACUUCUUUUGAUUUUGAUGCUUUUCAUGCCAGAAACUCCAAGAUGGUUACUCGCUAACAACCAGAGAUUUUUAGCUCUCAAAGAAUUAGCUUGGCUCAGAGGGAAUAAUUAUGAUGUGGAGGAAGAGUGCUUUGAAAUUGAGUCCAACCUUGAUAUGCAAGAAAAGAUGACACUUAGUGAAUUUGGUCAGCCAGCCCUGCUUAAGCCACUUGUUGUUGGUGUUAUGAUGAUGAUUUUCCAACAACUAAGUGGAGUCAAUGCAAUCAUGUUUUAUUCCACAAAUAUUUUCUUGGAAGCAGGUGUCCAGAAUUCCAGUUUGGUCUCAAUACUUGUAGGUUUAGCUCAGUUUCUUGCAACUGCAGUUGCCUGCCUUAUUGUUGAUAAAGCCGGAAGAAGAAUUCUGCUUCUGAUUGGUGGUUUUGGAAUGUGUGUUUGUAAUACCGGUCUUGGGCUCUAUUAUGAUUUAAAGAAAAACACAAAUUCUACAAGUGAAGCAAAAGGCUUAGAAUCUGUUCAACAUUCUAUUCCACUGGAACAUAUUACAUGGCUUGCAAUUGGAAGUGCUAUCCUUUUCAUUGUUUUAUUUUCUAUUGGUUGGGGUCCCCUGCCAUGGCUCCUCAUGUCUGAAAUCUUUCCCCCAAGAGCAAAAGGACUUGCUAGUGGAAUAUGCACCUUCGUCAAUUGGCUGUUUGUUUUUCUUGUCACAAAGAACUUUCCAAGUAUGAUUAACGCAUUCACUGAACAAGGAACCUUCUGGUUUUUUGCUGGCUUCUGUCUCCUUAGCUUCAUCUUUGUGUACUUUUAUGUACCAGAGACAAAGGGUAGAACAUUAGAAGAAAUUGAACAUUACUUUACUGAAGGAAAGUUUCCAACUGAGGACAAUACUAGAUAAUAUAGAAUAUUUGCAGAAAAAAAAUUACUCAAAGAUCAAAUGCACUUUAAAAGAAUAGAACUCAAAUCAUAAAUCAUUCAAUAUGUAAGUUGAGCUAAUUGUGAUUCUCACAGGCCAUGGUUUUUUACAUGAAAAACUUCUUAUUUUUUUGUAACUUACAUUCCUCAAAAAGAAUAUUUGAGAUGUAUUAAGGUGUUUAGAGGGGGGGGGGGGUUAUUCAGCAUGGACAAUCACACUCCCUAGACCCUCUAUAGAAUCAUUUGACAAGCCAGUUACCACCCUUGCCAAAUCAUGUCUUGCCCCCAAGAGACACAGUAUUAAAUGGCUUAUGGAAAAACAUUGCCCAGCUGAAUUGCAAAGUUUCUUUUAGACAAAACAAUAUACAAUAUACCUUCAAAACUGACACUUUUCCCAACACCAAAUAAAUUGUUUACCAAUUGUGGGACUCAUACAUUGGAAAAUUGUGGUCAGAUCUGUAUUAUAAUAAGUUCCUGAGGGCCUUCAAUUAUUUCUCUUAAUGUUUUAGGUUUUUUUCUGUUCACCUUCCAUUGCUUAAUAACAAUGCGGGAAGUGUAUUUCUCAUGAAAAGGUUUAGUUUUGUAGUAACUUGUGGGGUUCAACUUGUAGUAACUGAUGUUAUUUCUCAUUAUACAUUUUUUUGAUUUUUUCGCAAGAUGUACUUCGUUUGAAGUGUAAUGAAUGUCACUUUUCUUCAAGAAAGUGCUCAAUCAUUUUAAACAUGUAGAAAAAUAGGUAUCUAUGUUGUUAUUAUCUUUGCUGUAACUUUGAUUCAAAUGGUGCAAAUAACUUAAUAUGCUAAGAAAUGUAGAAGAAAAUUCA